AUGGGCAACCGUGGCAUGGAGGAUCUCAUCCCACUGGUCAACCGGCUGCAGGAUGCCUUCUCCGCCAUCGGCCAGAACGCGGACCUCGACCUGCCGCAGAUCGCCGUGGUGGGCGGCCAGAGCGCCGGCAAGAGCUCGGUGCUCGAGAAUUUCGUAGGCAGGGACUUCUUGCCCCGAGGGUCUGGCAUUGUCACGCGACGCCCCCUGGUCCUGCAGCUGGUCAAUGCUACCACAGAAUAUGCCGAGUUCCUGCACUGUAAGGGGAAGAAAUUCACUGACUUCGAAGAGGUGCGCCUGGAGAUUGAGGCUGAGACCGACCGGGUAACAGGCACUAACAAGGGCAUCUCUCCAGUGCCCAUCAACCUCCGCGUCUACUCGCCGCACGUGCUGAACCUGACCCUAGUGGACUUGCCUGGAAUGACCAAGGUCCCGGUGGGGGACCAACCUCCCGACAUCGAGUUCCAGAUCCGGGACAUGCUUAUGCAGUUCGUCACCAAGGAGAACUGCCUCAUCUUGGCCGUGUCCCCGGCCAACUCCGACCUGGCCAACUCUGAUGCCCUCAAGGUCGCCAAGGAGGUGGACCCCCAGGGUCAGCGCACCAUCGGGGUCAUCACUAAGCUGGACCUGAUGGACGAGGGCACAGAUGCCCGCGAUGUUUUGGAGAACAAGCUGCUCCCGCUGCGCAGAGGCUACAUUGGAGUCGUGAACCGAAGCCAGAAGGACAUCGAUGGUAAGAAAGAUAUCACAGCUGCCUUGGCUGCUGAACGCAAGUUCUUCCUCUCCCACCCUUCCUACCGCCACUUGGCUGACCGCAUGGGCACACCCUACCUGCAGAAGGUCCUCAACCAGCAACUGACAAACCACAUCCGGGACACGCUGCCAGGGCUGCGAAACAAACUCCAGAGCCAGCUGCUGUCCAUCGAGAAGGAGGUGGAGGAAUACAAAAACUUCCGCCCUGAUGACCCAGCGCGCAAGACCAAGGCUCUGCUGCAGAUGGUCCAGCAGUUUGCUGUAGACUUUGAGAAGCGCAUCGAAGGCUCAGGGGACCAGAUUGACACCUAUGAACUGUCGGGGGGCGCCCGCAUCAACCGGAUCUUCCAUGAGCGCUUCCCUUUCGAGUUGGUCAAGAUGGAGUUUGACGAGAAGGAACUCCGAAGGGAGAUCAGCUAUGCCAUCAAGAAUAUCCAUGGCAUUAGAACCGGGCUCUUUACCCCAGACAUGGCCUUUGAGACCAUUGUGAAAAAGCAGGUGAAGAAGAUCCGAGAACCUUGUCUCAAGUGUGUGGACAUGGUUAUCUCGGAGCUAAUCAGCACCGUUAGACAGUGCACCAAGAAGCUCCAGCAAUACCCCCGGCUGCGGGAGGAGAUGGAGCGUAUUGUGACCACCCACAUCCGGGAGCGCGAGGGUCGCACCAAGGAGCAGGUCAUGCUCCUCAUCGAUAUUGAGCUGGCUUACAUGAAUACCAACCAUGAGGACUUCAUAGGCUUUGCCAAUGCUCAGCAGAGAAGCAACCAGAUGAACAAGAAGAAGGCUUCAGGGAACCAGGUCAUCCGAAAGGGCUGGCUGACCAUCAACAAUAUUGGCAUCAUGAAGGGAGGCUCCAAGGAGUAUUGGUUUGUGCUGACUGCCGAGAAUCUGUCCUGGUAUAAGGAUGACGAGGAGAAAGAGAAGAAGUACAUGCUCUCCGUGGAUAACCUGAAGCUACGGGACGUGGAGAAGGGCUUCAUGUCCAGCAAGCACAUCUUUGCCCUCUUCAACACGGAGCAGAGGAAUGUCUACAAGGAUUAUCGGCAGCUGGAGCUGGCCUGUGAGACACAGGAGGAGGUGGAUAGCUGGAAGGCCUCCUUUCUAAGGGCUGGCGUGUACCCUGAGCGUGUUGGGGCCAGUGAGACGGAGGAGAAUGGCUCAGACAGCUUCAUGCACUCCAUGGACCCACAGCUGGAGCGGCAGGUGGAGACCAUCCGGAACUUGGUGGAUUCAUACAUGGCCAUCGUCAACAAGACUGUCCGGGACCUCAUGCCCAAGACGAUCAUGCAUCUCAUGAUCAACAACACCAAGGAAUUCAUCUUCUCGGAGCUGCUGGCCAACCUGUAUUCGUGCGGGGACCAGAACACACUGAUGGAGGAGUCGGCCGAGCAGGCGCAGCGGCGCGAUGAGAUGCUGCGCAUGUACCACGCACUGAAAGAGGCGCUCAGCAUCAUCGGCGACAUCAACACGACCACUGUCAGCACGCCCAUGCCCCCGCCUGUGGACGACUCCUGGCUGCAGGUGCAGAGCGUACCGACCGGACGCAGGUCACCCACGUCCAGCCCCACGCCGCAGCGCCGAGCCCCUGCCGUGCCACCAGCCCGGCCCGGGUCGCGGGGCCCUGCUCCUGGGCCUCCGCCUGCUGGGUCCGCCCUGGGGGGAGCGCCCCCCGUGCCCUCCAGGCCGGGGGCUUCCCCUGACCCCUUCGGUCCUCCCCCCCAGGUGCCCUCGCGCCCCAACCGCGCCCCGCCCGGGGUCCCCAGCAGGAAGGGCCCAGCCUCACCUACACGACCUGCGGUCCCCCGACCAGCUGAGGCUCCCCUGUUAGACUUAUAA